AGAGCUGUGAGCGGGGUGUGUGUGUGUCAGGGCUCUCCUGCUGCGCCCUCAUUUCCAUCCGAGACUGACAUUUUGGGAACCAAGCUGCCAGGACCUGAUUGAUGGUUUCUGUCUCCGCGAGAGCUGCUGCCUCUUUGUUUGGAGAGGGUGUGGCUGGGCUGUAAGGACCUAUUACUGCCUGCUGCCGGAGGAUCUAGUAGUAAAAGGUUUAAUAACACGGGUUGACUCUUCCUUGCCGAGCUGUUUGUAUGCUAAUGUGGAAACGGAGGGCUGCGCCCCGCCCUUCUUCUUCUCCUGUUGAACAACAGCGGCCAGUUUCCUCUCACCCUGAGCUCGUAUCGGCACCCACUGUCACCCACAGCACCCUGCCACACAACAGGCUCCGCUGCACUCGCGCGUCACGCAGAAAUCGCCAAGUUUCCACGCGGCAGCAGGACGCGGACGAAACUGUUUAUCGGCCCCUCCUCGCUUCCGGUUUUGCUCUGCUCUCCUACGUCCUACUGUCGUGAUACGGCGUUGCCAUGGCUACAAAUAACAGAUAUUGGAUGUAGAAUAUCCCAACUUCCUUGUCAGUCCCCGUAUCCGCCCACUGUCAACAGAGAGAGCCGCCGGACUGGAGGAGAGUCAGGACGCAUCCACCUGAAAGCGCACCAGACAGGAGUGGUCCAUGUGUUGCGCUCCAGACUACUUGAAGACAAACUGCAAGCUCCUUACUUUUUUAAAAAAGACAAAAGCUUUUUAGACUAGGAGAUUUUAUUUUAUUUUCUUUCUUUUUUGCUGACUUCACUGUAGUAAUGCAGGACAGAGGCUCAUUUAUCAGCCCUUUCCUCAGACCGCGGUGUCUGGCGGCAGCGGCGCCGGCGGGGAAAGCGAAAUUAACUCACCCGGGGAAGGCGAUUCUGGCAGGUGGACUUGCAGGUGGCAUAGAGAUCUGCAUCACCUUCCCCACAGAGUAUGUUAAGACCCAGUUACAACUGGAUGAGAAGGCCAAUCCACCCAAAUAUAGAGGAAUAAGUGACUGUGUGAAGCAGACGGUACAGGGUCACGGUGUUAGAGGACUGUACAGAGGACUCAGCUCACUGCUGUAUGGAUCCAUACCAAAGUCUGCCGUCAGAUUCGGGAUUUUUGAGUUCCUCAGCAACCAUGCAAAGGAUGAGUCUGGUCGACUGGACAGCACCAGGGGCAUGCUGUGUGGGCUCGGGGCCGGGGUGAUGGAGGCCGUUCUGGUGGUCUGUCCAAUGGAAACUAUCAAGGUCAAAUUCAUUCAUGACCAGACUUCAGCCAAGCCCAAAUACAGGGGCUUCUACCACGGAGUCAGAGAGAUCGUCAGGGAACAAGGAAUAAGAGGGACGUACCAGGGUCUCACUGCCACGGUGCUUAAACAAGGUUCCAACCAAGCUAUUCGAUUCUUUGUCAUGACCUCACUGAAGAACUGGUACAAAGGUGAUAACCCCAAUAAAGCUAUGAAUCCGCUGGUGACUGGAAUGUUCGGAGCCAUUGCAGGAGCAGCCAGCGUCUUUGGAAACACCCCGCUAGAUGUCAUCAAGACAAGGAUGCAGGGUCUGGAGGCACAUAAAUAUAAAAGCACCUUGGACUGUGCUGUAAAGAUCAUGAGAUAUGAGGGCAUGGCAGCUUUCUACAAAGGGACAGUUCCUCGGCUGGGCCGCGUGUGUCUGGAUGUGGCUCUAGUUUUCAUCAUUUAUGAGGAGGUGGUGAAGUUCCUGAAUGUGGUCUGGAAGACAGAAUGAGCUGCCGGACGUACCGAGGGCGGCGGCCUCCUGCUCCCCAGACAUCAGACACGGAUCUUUCACGGUUCUCUGCUGUAUCCUAGAACUAGCCGCAGAGGGGGUGAGACAGAGAGCUGAACUGAGAUCAGUGUCAGAUGCCAAACUAGAAGUUAAAGAGCUUAUUGAUGGGGGCUGCAGAGUAGAAAGAGAGCCUGAAAGGAGGCUUGAUGUCACCCACGUCUGAACAGCUGGAUGUGUGCAGCGUUUUGCUGCUCAGUGCCAGACACCUCACAAGACCAAGGGUCACUUUCACAAAGUGGGAUUAUAAAGUUAGACAGAUAAUUGGGAUAAAUGGUGCUUCAUCCCGGAGACACAGCAUCAAAUUCUAAAUGUGAAACAAAACCUGAAUAUAAGGCUCGACAACAGCCUCUUUUCAUGUUAUCUGGUUCACUUUCUCUGUAAACCUACUUUGUAAAAAAUACCCUCCUUCAGUGACUAACGUCAUUUCUAGUCAUUCACAGCUGUUUUGCUGAUGUUUACUGUGAGUAUGCAGGUGUCAUGCUGGAUUUUGCCCUAGUUAGAGUUGCUCUCUGUCUCUUCUUGUGCCUAAAAUCCAGAGGAGCCAGAGACUGCAGCUGGUUGCAGUUUACAGCCACAUAAACUGCAGCGACUUCCAUAAUGAAGCCUUUAAGAGAAUGAUUUUACAUUUACAAUAUGCUAAUUAUUUUUAUACAGUGUAGAUUCUAAUUUAGUUCAUUACCAGCAUUAUAUUUCUUCUGUAAAGUAAGAUAUAUUUUAUUCCUGUGCCAGAUGCCAAACCUGCUAAACUAUGACGUGUGUUCAGAGUGUGAACAUGCAAAAAGUAGCCUAAUGAUCCCAACAAGAGAAGAGUGAAUAUCAUGACGUAUAUUGUGACUUUAUUAAUGUAUUCAUGGAAAAUUGAAUGUUGAAUGUUUUGAUGGUUGGGAGACUGUUUGUUGUUAACUUGUGCCACUUUUUUUUUUCUGUAAUAUGGUGUGUGUGUGCGUGUAAAGGUGUUUUGAAUAUGUUGGGGAAAUGUUCUAUUGUAUUUCACUGUGAGUCUAAAUGACCCAAUGACACUGAGUCACAGACAAAGUAACCUCAGACCUCUUUUCCCUUCAGCGGAGGCAUCUGUCAUUUGUCUUCUGUUUUCAUUAAACCGAGCUUCUGAUCUCAGUUCCCCUCACGAAUGACUCCCAACCUGUGGGUCACAAGAUAAAUCUGAGAGGCCCUGAGACAUUUAACUUGACAGAAAAGAAGGAAAAUGUUUUUUUGUAUGUAUGCAUUUCUGUUCAUUCUAUUCAGGAAGUCACUAUUGGAGUGAUGGACAUAUUAGCCUGUGUCCGGGGUACACAGUAGAUUCACUGUAAAGGGAUCAUCCACCAAUCACAGUCUGCUAAAGGUGAACUAUGAUUUCUGCCCCUCCAGAGGUCCUACAGCUCAACAACAUAAGCUGAAAAAAAGUUACAUAGUGCCCCUUUAAAUUCCAUCUCCUGCGCGGUUCGGU